AUGGGGGCCACGAAGCCAGAAAAGAAGGAGAAGAAGGAGAAGAAGGAGAAGAAGCGAAGCGAAGCAGAUGGCGUCGGCAAGGUGAAGAAGGACAAGAAGGAUAAGAAAGAUAAGAAGGAGAAGCUUAAGAGCGCCGUCUCCGCCGCCCUCGACGACCAGGAGCAGGCCGCCGAUACCCCAAUCUCCGUCACCGUCGAGGAGACCACAACGACGACAAAGGCUACUAUAGCCCCCGUUGUUGGCGCCUUGGUGCCUUUUGCGAGGCCGCUUGCUGACGAAAAGGCCACUAAGAAGGUCAUGAAGAGUGUGCGGAAAGCGGCGAAGCACAAGACUCUCAAGCGCGGCGUAAAAGAAGUCGUCAAGUCCCUAAGGAAAUCACCCGCCGCUGGUCCGGGUAACACCUCCUUCCCUGGUGUCGUCGUGCUGGCUGGGGACAUUAGCCCCAUGGACGUUAUCAGCCAUAUCCCCGUGCUCUGUGAGGAUGUCAACGUCCCUUAUAUCUUCGUCACGUCACGCGCCGAGCUUGGCGCCGCCGGUAGUACUAAGCGACCCACGAGCGUUGUCAUGGUCACCGAGAAGCGUGUGGGCGGCGUCAAGAAGGGUGAGAAAAUUGAGGAGGAGGAUGGCGAGGAGGACUUCGCCGAAGUUUACAAGGAUCUCGUCAAGCUCGUUGAGAAGGAGUCGAAGGCUCAACUUAAGCUGCUGGUAUAA